UUCACUGGAACGGGGAGGAAUGGAAAAUAUCUCUGCAUGUUUUCACAGUUCUGAAUAAUUUUCCUUUACCUGAAGUCUUUAUCUCACAAAAACUGAUUGUGUUAUUAAGGAUGAAUGUUUCCCAGGUUUCAUAUUUCACUCUGAGCGCCUACUUUGACAUCGGCCCGUUUAAGUACGGCGUCUUCCUGGUCAUCAUGUGUGUUUAUAUGUUCAUUAUCGGCUCCAACGUCCUGCUGAUCGUGGUGAUCUGUGUGAACCGGAGCUUACAUGAACCCAUGUUCCUGUUCCUCUGCAGCCUGUUUGUGAACGAACUGUUCGGUAGUUUGGGUUUGUUCCCCUUCCUGCUGGUCCAGAUCCUCUCUGAUGUUCACUCCGUUUCUGUUCCGCUCUGCUUCCUGCAGAUCUUCUGUCUCUACAUGUACGGGAACGUUGAGUUUUAUAACCUAGCCGUCAUGUCUUAUGACCGAUAUCUGGCCGUCUGCCACCCUCUGCACUACAGCACACAGAUGCAGAUGAGCAAAGUCAGCAGGCUGGUUCUGUUUUCUUGGUUCAUUCCUCUGCUGAACAUAAUUGUGAUGAUUUCACUGAACGCGUCCUCUGGGCUGUGUGGAAACGUAAUCGAUAGAGUUAUGUGUGUUAAUUAUUAUGUGACAAAGUUGCUGUGCAGCGGAGCGACGGCCAGUAACGUCUACGGACUGGUCUACACCUUCUCUGUGCUCCUCAGCCUCGCCGCGCUCAUCCUCUACACCUAUGUGAGAAUCCUGAAAGUUUGUUUUUCUGGGUCCAAACAGACGCGGCAGAAAGCGAUCAGCACCUGCACGCCUCACCUGGCGUCAGUCCUGAACUUCUCCUUUGGCUCUUUCUUUGAGAUUCUGCAGAGCAGGUUUGACUUGAGCAGACUCCCUGCUGUCCUGCGUAUUGUUUUAUCUCUGUACUUUGUCACCUGUCAGCCAUUUUUUAACCCGCUUGUGUACGGGCUAAAACUGGGAAAAAUACGUCUGGCUUGUAAAACUCUCUUCUUUCAUCGUAGAAAACCCGCUUCGAGUUUUUAAGCGGAUUGUAAAGCUUU